AAAUACAAUUUAACACAUUAAUGCCGGACUUAUGGAAGGUGUCUGUGCUCGAAAUGUGGUCAUGGAAGUCACGUGGUGUCUACCGAGGAGGAGUUCCUGUUGUACUUUCAAAAUAAGAGCCCGUGGCAGCUCUCAAUAUAAUUUCCAUCAUUCUUUUUUCAGUUAUUUGUUCAUAUAUAAAUAUUUUAGGUUUAAUUUUAUAACUUGGUGUGCUAAAUUCGAUCUUUAAUUAGAUGACACCGGAACGAACCAUUCCUUUAAGGUCCGGGUUAAGCCCCGCCCCCUGGCUGCUACCUGCCCAGCUCUUCGCCCCACCUGGACUCAACGAGAACAAGAUGAGUUUACCGGACAGCAAAACCGCAGAGAAACGCGUUUCUGUCGCCGUCUCGCCCUCUCCUGUGGUCCAGUUGAAUGUUGGGGGUCAGCUGUUCAGCACCACACUGAGCACGCUCAGAAAACACCCGGACUCCAGGCUGGCGGAGUUGUUCAGUGGGCAUCCCAAACCCCGCAUCGAUGCUCAGGGACGCCUCUUUAUCGACCGUGACGGGACUCACUUUGGACCGGUUCUGGAGUUCCUGAGGUCGGAGAAGCUGCCCACGGAGAACAUCCGGGAGGUUCAUGAAGAGGCGGUUCACUACGGCAUCAAAGCUCUCGUCAAACGUCUGGAGGAGACGCCUCAGAUGUUUGGAGAGCUGGUGGGACGGCAGCAGUUCCUGUCCAGAGUCCCCCACUACAAAGAGAACAUCGAGGUUCUGAUCCGCAUCGCCCGAGCCGAGGCAGUCGCUGCACGCCACUCCACCAUCCUCAUCUGUGUGCUGCGAACGGAGGAGGAGCUGGGUUUCUAUGACAACGCCAUAAACAGCCUGGCGGCCAAUAAGGAGUCGGUGGUGACGUUCGGGCCGUGGAAGGGGGCGCCGUCGGUCAAAGACCUGCUGGACUGUGUGACGAUGGACAUCGGGAGUCGAGGCUACCAGGUGACCUUUGAGCAGCACGUGGCAGAGCGGAGCUUCCUUUCCAAGAGCUACGACUUCUUCUACAAACUCACCUUUACCUGGUGGUGACCGGGCGGACGCUCAGGUCUGCACAGCAAACCAACAGAUGGAGUUUCCAGAGAUUUUAAACCGAAAACAUCAGUAAAACUUCUUUUUCCUUUGUUUUUGCUCUUUGUGUGUCUGUGACGGAAGGAGGACGAGCUGCACAAGUUAAAUAAAAAUCUGAAGCUUU